GUGUGGAUUUGAGGGUUAUUUAGAGUUCGAUCUCCCUCUCGUUUUUUAAAUGAAGUGCGUGCUGAUAUAGGGCGUUAAAUGCAUGUCUAAUACUUUGUAUUAUUUUGCCUGCCUUUCAUUGUUCCAUCUGCGAUUUGAGCAGAGACGGGAUGUGGUUGUAGUCGCUCAAAAUGAAACUGCAAAUAUAUAAUUUCAAAGAAGAGUUGGAAGCUGAAAUGGGUCUCCUUUGGGGAGCUGGGGCUGUUUGCGACGUCCUCCUCGUGUGUCAGGAUGGAAAACUCAAAGCACAUUCGGCCCUACUGAUGAAUGUCUCUGAUCUCUUCAAGGAUGUCCUCUCCAGAUUUCCAGCAGCAGAGGAGAAAGUUGUGUUUCUUCCUGAUGAAUGCGUGAGACAUGUCUUAGCAUUUCUGCAGCUGAUAUAUCAUGGUGAAACAUCACGCUUCCUGAACCUUGGUGACCUGGAGAAACUCACAUCUCUCUUUAAGCUGUUGCAUGCUUCGUUCAACAAUCUCGGUGCAGUCACAGAUCAGACUAACAUCUGUGAAGUAUCCUCGGCAGGCGAUGAAACCUCUCCAGAGAGCAUCAUUGAUGAAACGCUUGCUGAAACUAUGGGUCUUCUGGACAACAUGGUGAUGAAGUUCCUUGAUCUCCCUUUGACUGAGGAGAUUCUAGUCGACAGUGGAGAUCGUCCACCAGAAGAGUCGGUAGAGCCUAUGGCUUCCCUCCGUGAUGAUAUCUGCAGCUCUCCUAGAUUGUCAGAUGAACCAUAUGUCCUCAACUGGAAGGAGAAUGAUGAACAUCUCUACAGCAAGUUCACAUCAGAAAGUCAGUUCAAGUCAUACAGCAUUGGAGAAGAGCAUGCCUACAGUGAGAUGCAAGGACUGUCAAAAGAUCCCUUUUGGAACACAGCAGCCAGCAUGGAUCAUUCCUACACUGGUGAUGCUAGUACUCCAAGCAAAAAACAGACAGUUUUAGAAAACCCUGAUCAUGCCUACACUAUCAGUAAGACUGUGACUGAAACAAGUUCUCGCAAACUGCAUGUACUCAGUGAUGAAUCUAAAUUAGACUUAUCUGUAUCUGAAGCAGUUUUACCUGAUCAUGCAUACAGCAAUCACAUGGAUAUAGGUGUUAGUGUGAGUGUAGAGGACUCAGGAAAGGAAAAUCAUUCCAGUGAUGUUGGCACAGAGUUGAUGCUUGAUGGUAGACCACCUGAUUCCUUCAAUGAAAACCUGAACAAUCUCUUGCCUGAAGAUGAGAUGGCCCAACUGUCAUACAGUCAACCAAUAAAAGAAGCUUGUUCUGUGGGUGAUCCUGAGAGCUCCAGUUCUUCUCUGAAACCCCCAUGUGAGGCUCAGAAAACAUUAACAGAGUCUAGUGAUUCCAUUAAAGAAAUCCCCUUGGUGUUUCGUGAAUUAAAAUUGAUUCCAACUGGGAAGAUCCCCAUCCCAAGAUUGAAACCAUCGAGCCUCUUGCCAGCUUCUGUUCCUAGCUGUAAUGCUUGCAAAAUGCGCUUUCACAGCUCUAGAGCCUUGAAGACACAUAUCAAGGAAAGCCACUCUCAACCUGGCUACCGCUGCCCCACUUGUGGUUCUUUCUUCCUCGACUAUCAUUCUCGGCGUUACCACAUCAAAAAGGAGCACACUGAAUUGAACUUCCAAUGCAAAAGCUGUGAGGAAAAUUUCCCUACCAAGUACCUGCUCCAGAAACAUGAGAGAACCAAACACCCCAAGCCAGUCAAAGAGGCCUUCUCCUAAAGACUGAUUUUUUCCCUCAGUUACAAAGGUCCCUUCCCGAUUUUAUUGCAAAA